UGGCGAGGAGAAAUCACAUUAGCGACAAGGACGAUCAUCAAAGUGGACUCGCAGUUGCUAAACAAACAAGAGACAAGGAAGAAGAAAGCGUUGCAGAUUCUCAAAGCAACGUCAAUCCGUUUCUUGACAAAUACGCAUAUAAUACAACGAUACGAGCAGCGCCUUAAGUCUGCAAAAGACGUUGGAGACAGGAAAGGAGAAGGAGAAGCGUAUCGUAAUCUUGGAAAUAUCUUUUACAGCCUUGCAGAAUUCCAGAAAGCCAUAGACUAUCAUGAACAAUAUCUUACGAUCACCAAAGAAGUCGGAGACAAAGCAGGAGAAGGAAAAGCGUAUGGUAACCUUGGCAUCAACUAUGACAGUCUUGGAGAUUUCCGUAAGGCUGCAGACUACCAUGAACGACAUCUGGGGAUUGCAAAAGAAGUCGGAGACAAGGCAAUAGAGGGAAAAGUGUAUUGUAAUCUUGCCAAUGUCUAUCGCAGUCUUGGAGAAUUCCAAAAAGCCAUAGACUACAAUGAACGACAUCUCGUGAUCGCUGAAGAAACUGGAGAUAGGGCAGGAGAAGGAAUAGCCUAUGGCAAUCUUGGCACAGUCUAUCUCAAUCUUGGACAGUUCCAAAAAGCCAUAGAGUACAUUGAAUGUCAUAUUAAAAGUUCCAAAGAAGUUGGUGACAGGGCACGAGAGGGAACAGCGUAUGGUAAUCUUGGCAUCGCCUAUCGCAGUCUUGGAGAAUUUCCAAAAGCCAUACACUUCAUUAAGCAACAACUAAAGAUUGUCAAAGAAGUGGGAGACAGAUCAGGAGAAGGAAACGCUUAUGGUAAUCUUGGAAACGUUUAUACUGGUCUCGGUGGUUUCAGGGGCGCAGCUGAGUGCCACGAACGACAUCUUAAGAUUGCCAAAGAAGUCGGGGACAGGUUAGGGGAAGGAAAAGCAUAUGGUAAUCUUAGCAUCGCCUAUCGUAGUCUCGGAGAAAUCCAGAAAGCUAUCGACUAUAGUGUACAAGAUCUAAAGAUCGCUAAACAAGUAGGAGCCAGAGCAGGAGAAGCCAUAGCAUGCAGUAUUCUUGGUAACGCCUAUCGCACCAUUGGGGAAUUUCAAAAAGCUAUAGAAUACCAUGAGCAAGAUCUUAUGAUUGCCAUAGAAGUCGGCGACAGAGCAGGAGAAGGAAAAGCGUGUAGUAACCUUGGCAACUGCUAUACCAGUCUUGGAGAAUACCAAAAAGCCAUAGAAUACCACGAACGUGGUGUUAAGAUUGAGAAAGAAGUCGGAGACAGGGCAGGAGAAGGAAUUAGUUAUGGAAAUCUUGGCAACGCCUAUAGAGGUACUGGAAACCUCCAAACAGCAAUAGACCAUUAUGAAAUGUAUCUUAAGAUUGCCAAAGAAAUCGGAGAUAGGGCAGGAGAAGGAACAGCGUACGGGUAUCUUGGCAACGCCUAUGAUGAUAUUGGAGACUUCAAGAAAGCCAUCGACUUCUACGAACAACAUCUAAAGAUUGCAAAAGAGGUCGGAGACAGGAUACAAGAAGGAAAAGCGUAUAGUAAUAUUGGCAGCGUCUAUGACAGUCUUGAUGAGUUGGAAGAAGCCAUUCGUUACUAUGAAAACAGUGUCAAAACGUUCAACCACAUCAGGAGUAACCUUAUAUCUAAUGAUGAGUGGAAGAUAAGCCUACGCAAUACGUACGAUGAAGCUCAUUCGAAGCUAUGGCGGCUGCUGUUAAAGCAAGGCAAAGUUGUCGAGGCACUUUUAACCGCUGAUCAAGGCCGCGCACAAGCCUUGAAUGAUCUUCUUGAAAUGAAGUACAGACUUGAAGGAUCACGUCAAGAAAUAGGAACACUGACUGCAACUACCCCUGACAUCCUUAAUUAUCUGCCAUCAAAUACAAUUUUCAUCGGAAUCAACGAGGAAGGAAUAAUUUUUUGGGUGAACGAAAGAGGAAAAGAAGUCAGGUCUAGAAGAAGGCAGAUUGAUGCUCCCGUCACGAAUUAUCUUCUUUCGCUGUUGGAGACAACACAAGAGAAAAUUGGUGUGAAUGAUGAUGUUUAUUGUGAAGAUCGCUCAUUAAGGAACCCGAGAGAUGAACAGCGAGCAGAAGAAAGAGUUACCAGACCAAGAUCUCAUCCCUCGAAUCUUGAGACAAAUCCGUUACAAACAUUAUACAAUAUUUUUAUAGACCCUAUCAGAGACCUACUUCAGGGAGAUGAAGUUGUGCUCGUUCCUGAAGGCCCUAUGUUUUUGGCACCUUUUGCUGCUUUUAUGGACCGAGAUUCAAAGUACCUUUGCGAAUCAUUCAGAAUCCAACUGCUUCCCUCCCUUUCUAGUCUGCAAUUAAUCUCAAAUUGCCCAGACGACUGGCACAGCGCGACUGAUGCUCUUCUCGUCGGCGAUCCGUGGGUAGAGGAAGUAGGUCGAGAUCAGUUGGAGUGGGCUGAGAAGGAAGUGAAGAUGAUUGGGGAAAUUCUUCAAACUGAGCCUCUUAUCGGAAAACAGGCAACAAAAGAUGAAGUUUUAAGACGCAUCUCCUCGGUUGCCUUGGUGCACAUUGCCGCUCACGGCCAAAUGGAAACAGGAGAAAUUGCCUUGGCCCCCAACUUGACACGAUCAUCCCCGAUUCUGGUCAGAGAGGACUAUGUCUUAACUAUUAACGAUGUUUUAAAGGCGCAGAUUAGGGCAAGACUUGUUGUGCUUAGUUGUUGUCAUAGUGCUCAUGGAGAGGUCAAGGCUGAGGGCGUGGUUGGAAUCGCAAGGGCGUUUUUGGGUGCUGGUGCUCGUUCUGUUCUGGUGUCCCUGUGGGCGAUUGACGACGAGGCUACUAUGGAGUUCAUGAAACAUUUCUACCGACAACUUGUCAAUGGGAGGAGGGCUGGUGAGGCCUUGAAUGAAGCCAUGAAAUCCUUGAGAGAAUCUAACCACUUAAGCGCAGUCAAGUAUUGGGCGCCGUUUGUUCUUAUUGGUGAUGACGUAACGCUCGAGUUUUAGGAGUUAAAUAACGGGCAAGGUAUUAUUUCAGUAAACAUCUUUGACAAAUUAUUUAUUUAUUAUUUCUAUCAGGAGUUUUGAAAACAGAUCACGGAAAAUUGCAGCUAUUUGACUGAUAAAAAAGAAGCCAAAAAGAUUGACUGACGGAAGAAGUCUUUUUUGGCAAUAACGUUUUCAAAAAUCCAGCGAGAUUUUUUUAUUUAUUUACCAACAUGAUUUCAUGGACAAAAAUAAAACAAUAUAAAAGUGGACAAGAAUAUAGGCUGGACAUGGAUUCAAACUUAACAAAAUGGACCAAUUUUUCACGUUUUAAUGAUAUGCCUGCAAAAAUCACCAAAAAAUGUUAUGUUUAGUGCUCCUUGAUGAAAUUUUUUUGGAUAUCAUAAUUUUUUAGAACUCAGCAGGAGCAUUUUACGUAUUUAAGACACUAAGUAAUACUUUUAGCACAGAAUUUAGCUAAAAUAGCAACAUCUUCGCGACGCAAUGAGCCCCUUUAAAUGAUACGAUGAAGUGCCAAGUUUUUACUUUCUGUUUAUAAAGAUCUAACAGGCUUAAAAGAUUCUUUUUCACUGGUAAAAGUUCACUCCCUUUAUCAGUUCUCCUACCUUGUUAACAUUGCUCCCUUCUGUUUGUGUUGUGUAGGUACCACAGUUACAAAAGCAAAUACGGGGAAGCAAGACCUGGAUUUUCUGUUAAAGAUGAAGUUAGUUUCCGGCUGCUGAGUGGAGACUUCUUCUCAAAGAUAGGAUUUCUUUAUUCCUGAGGAGAGAUUGAUUGUUGGAUUCAGACCUUCAGAUAAGGGGGAGGGGGAGGGGGGAAUUUGGUCAUCCAGACCCUGAGAUAAGAGGGGAGGGGGGAGGCGGUCUCCAAAAAAAUCUUUUUCGGCCCUUCGGGCCUCAUUUUGGUCGAAAAAUAAGAGGGGGCCCCGGGCCCCUUCCCUGGAUCCGCUACUGGUUGUUAA